GUCACACGCAACUGGACGUAGCUGUCAUGUUUACUCUAAUGGUGCAUGUUUUGGACGGACUUUGAGUCGUUCGUAAAUAAACUCAGGUUUGCGCGCUUUCCACUUUGCUAUAAGACACAGGAGAAACGCUUGAACGACAGCGCUACAGUAGCGAUGUAUGGACGUGUGUACGCCAGUCUUCUCCAGAAAGCCUGUAGUUACAGACUAUUAGUGUUCUCCACAGUUCCAUUCCAGGCAACUCACCAUUGCCACCUGUCAUCGUGGAGUCCCUCCUCAAACCACAGGUGCUGCGCUGGUGAAGGAUCUGGAUCCUGGUUUCAAAGUGGGCGACGUUACUCUACACGGCAGGAUCUGGACUUCCAGCAGGGUCAAAUGCAGAUCAACGGCAUUCUUAGAAGCAACGAACAGACUGUGAAUGUGCCAGAGUUUGAUGGCAGGGCACUUAGUGCUGUGAGGAAGUUUGAAAGCAACCAGUUACCUGCCAAUACCCCUAAUGAGGACCGUCGCAGCGCAGCCACCUGCUUACAAUCAAAGGGCAUGCUCUUUGGAGUAUUUGAUGGCCAUGGGGGUUGGGCAUGUGCCCAGGCUGUCAGCGAGCGGCUGCUGUAUUACAUAGCAGUUGCUAUGAUGCCAAAGCAAAGCCUGGCAGAGCUUGAGAGGUGCAUGGAGCACAGCAGACCCGUUCCCCCCAUUUUACAAUGGCAUAAGCACCAUGCAGAUUUUAACUAUCGAGACUCUGCCUCUCUGUAUAUAAACCACCUCAGAGUCUUCUGGCAGGAAUUACUGGACAGUGAGGAGCAUGACGCAGGCCUAAGUCCUCAUGAUGCUCUGGAUUGCGCUUUCAAACGACUUGACACAGACAUCUCCUUGGAGGCUCAAGUCCCUCUUUCCAAUGACCUGAUGAAAAGUACAGCCAUCCAGGUUGCGUUUGCUGGGUGCACGGCCUGUGUAGCUCACGUCGGCAUCGACGGGAUCCACGUGGCAAACGCUGGCGACUGCCGCGCAGUUUUAGGAGUGCAGAGCGAGGACGGCUCGUGGAGCGCUUUGCCUCUUUCUCGAGACCACAACUCUCAGAAUCAGGCCGAGGUGGAACGAAUCAAAGCCCAGCACCCACCUUCAGAGGGAAACACUGUGGUUACAGACGACAGACUGCUGGGGGUUCUGAUGCCCCUGCGUGGAUUUGGCGAUGUGAGGUUCAAAUGGAGCCACGAGCUACAGCAGAGCAUUUUAACCAGCAUGGAAUCUGGAGGGGACCUGGACUCUCUCAACUUGUAUCAGUACACGCUCCCUAACUACCUUACACCACCCUAUCUGGAUGUGGCACCUGAGAUAACCUACCACAAGCUGAGACCCCAGGACCGCUUCCUGAUCCUCGGGACCGACGGGUUGUGGGAUGAACUGGACAGCGAGGAGGCAGUUCGACUCGUUGGGGAGCACUUGAGCGGAAUUCACUUACAGGCUCCAGUAUCUCCAUCUGAGCGGCAGCUGAAAUUGGGUCAGAUGCAUGAACUCCUGCUUAAACGGCGAGCCCGGGCCUCCCCAGCUCUGGACACCAACGCUGCCACGCACCUUGUCAGGCACGCCCUGGGAACUGGGGAUUAUGGAGAGCUGUCUCAGGAGAGGCUGAUCUCCAUGCUGGCUUUGCCGGAGGACUUGGCUCGUAUGUACAGGGACGAUAUCACGGUUAAAGUGGUGUACCUGAACUAUGACCUGGCCAGGCCUCACCACAGUUAGCACACGUUUUGUUCAGAAGCCACACCAAGAGAGACGUACCUAAACAUUUAGCUUGGUUCAGAUCACCAUCAGUGUUUUUCUUUCUGACUGAACCUUCUGUUACAUGAAGUGAUUAAUUGAUAUUUUAGAACGGUUUACAGUGUCCUAUUAAGGGAAGGUAGUCUUUUAAAUAGACUAUUAAGUUUACCACAGGUUGAAUAUUCAUUAAAUUACAUUAAAAGAAUCAAGGCUUUGUGAAGAACUGAGUUCAAAAUGAAUAAACUUUGUUCAUCAGUAUUUUGUUUCUCCUCAAUAGACAUUUCCAUCAGUGCCUUUAUUCCUACUCACAUUGUAUUUAUGUAAAAUAGAAAGUUUAUCUUUAAAUGUAUGUCGUUAAUCUAAUUAAUUCAUAUAUUAAGUGUUUUUUAAUUGUCUCUGUCCUUAUGGGGAAUAAAAGAUUAAAUGUUUUUUAAUAAACAGAGAAAUGAUGUUUGUUUUUUGUCAUCUGGAUGCAAGAGGAAAUAUUUGGUUUUACAGUUUAUUUCCGCAAAACACAGUUUUGUGCUCGGACAACCAAACGUGGGAAACCGUGUGAAGCUGUGGGAGAAAGAGUUUUCAAAAUAAACUUCUAACGUAAUGACUUCUGAGUGUUAUGGGAGCCAAUUAGAGCCUGUGUUUUGAAAAACAUGUUUAUUUGCCUUCGGGGAUAAGCCUGAAACUAGUUUUACUUAUACAAACACAAAUCCUAUUGGAAUUAUAGAUUUUAGGCAAUUCUAAGAGUGAUAAAAAAUAAAUAAAUCGCGCUUCUUUAAUUUUAAAUGUUUAACAAAAACAUCACAGAAACCUCGUGUUUUGAAAUAUGAGAGCCGAAGCCUCACCUGCAUGAGCUCACCUGUAUGUCUGUAACGUAGCUUACAGCGAAUCAUGAACGUGACAAAAUAAAAAAGUUGUUUGGUUACUCUACAAGGCUUUAGCUACUUGCUGGCUCAACUGGUUUUAAGUUUUCAUUUUGUUUCAUGUCCAGGUGACGUAUUAUUUCUCUCCCCCAAACGAGACUUACUUCCAGGGGACUACACCUUAUUGAUGCGUAUUUAUGAUGCUGACAUGCUCCACCAGGACAGCACGCUGAGCGUGGUGUGUCAGUGUCAACGGGACUUUUCCACCUGCUUCAUCCCACGUUCUGACCCACGUCAACACAACCCUUCUGUUGCAGCCUCAGUCCUGGGAGUUCUUUUUGGUGGUCUGUGUACAUACACUAACCAGUUCACUCUAAUUUCAUUUCACUCAUCCUGUAGUGAGUCAUUUAUUUUUUUAAAAUUUGAUUACAGUGCUGCUUCUGCUGCUUCUGUUGUUGCUGAAGAGGAGGAAGAGGAGGAGGAUGGUCCUCUUCUUGAAGCUUUACCCAGAGACACCAUCUUCUGCUACAGCGAGGAGGGAGGAGGUGAAGACGACCAGGUAGUGGUGGAGAUUAUAUUCUAUUAGGUUUUUUGUUCUAAUGCAUUCCUUCAAGGUCUACUUGGUGUUUAAUUCUUAAAUAAAAAGAGAAGUUAGACACUGCAUGCAACAGUUGCACAUUGUGUGUUCAUUAUCGUAAGAGUUGUGAAUAAAAAACAGAUUUUAAGACUUAAAAGGGAUGUUAUACACAAAUAUGAUUUGAAUUACGGGUCUUUAAAUGGGCCAGCCAACAAAUAGGUCGUCUGUUUUUUUUUUGAAGAAAAUAAUCUGAUAUUAAAAUAAGUGUAAGGCAAAAAUAUUUAAACUUACUCAUUUAAGAGUGUCGUCCUUUUUUCUUUACUGUUUACAACUAAACCUUUCUGGUGAUUGCUGCUUUGUUCCUGGCAGUCAGAAGGAUAAACAGAUGUAGGCUCACUGGGAAAAAAAAGAUCCCUUUUUUAUAGGACUACGACCUGAGCCGGCUCCACAGAGGACUUAAUAAUCGUCCUGAUAUCUUCAGCACCGAUGUUUUUGCAACCACCCAGAGCCGACCAGCGUACCACCGACAAAUCCAAGCCAACGAGGACGUCGUCAAGUUGAUUAAGGAUGUGAGUAAUCAUGAAAAUGAUCAAAACCACCUUUGCUCUGCAGUUUAGUUGCUUAGAUAUUUGCACUGAUUUUGUUUUAAACCUAGAACAUGCGAGCUGCCAACAGUGACCUCACAGCGCCUCCUUACGACUCCCUCCUGGUGUUUGACUUCGAAGGCCGAGGCUCUGAGGCCGAUUCUCUCAGCUCCAUCAACUCCUCAGAGUCGGAAGAAGAGCAGGACCUUCAGAGGCUGAGUCAGUGGGGACCACGCUUCGGCAGACUGGCGGAUUUGUACACGAGGAACAGAGAGGAUGAUGACGAUGAUAUAUUGCCAAGAAAAACAGAGUGGGUCUGAGAUGACCCCCCACACAUAUUAAUAGACGCUCUAAAUCUGGGCCCAUCUGGCUGCGAUCUUACGAAUGCUGUGACCUCUUUCUGCCACCCUCUGGGGUUUAACCAAACUGUUUUAAUAUGAUGCAUAAAUAUUCUCAACUUUCCA